UUUUUUUUGAAGAAAGAAAAAUAAUUUAAUUAAUUGGGAUUGAUACGGAGUAUAGAUUUUAAUUAAAAAAUAUUAUAAUGCAUAUAAAACGUUUAUUGAGUGUACGAACAGUUUUUCAACAAGUUUAUCAUAGAAAGCAUAGUUCUAAUAAAAAUUAUAUACAUAGAGAAAGAGAAAAAAACAAGAUACAUAAAAAUGUAUUAAACCUCAAAGAAAGGGGUAUGUACGAGGAUAUUUUUCCCAAUAAUUGUACCAAAGAAAUAACAGAUCUGUUAAUUAAAUCAUCGCAAUGUGUUUACGCUGGAUUCGACCCAACAGCCAGCAGUUUACAUAUAGGAAAUUUGUUAAUAUUAAUGAAUCUUUUACAUUGGCAACGAGCCGGACAUCAAGUCAUAGCUGUAUUAGGUGGAGCAACUGGAUUAAUAGGUGAUCCUAGUCACAGAAAAUCUGAAAGAAUCGAAAUGGAAGAAGUUCUUUUAAAAAGCAAUUUGGAAUCUAUUAAAGAAGAUAUAGAAAAUAUAUUUAGUAAUCACAAACAGUAUUUUUGGCACGGUAAUACGAAUUCAUUAAAGCCAUUAAUGGUUUUAAAUAAUCUUGAUUGGUAUAAAAAUGUUAAUGUUAUUCAGUUUGUAAGAAAAGUUGGAAAGUACUUUAGGUUAGGUACAAUGUUAGGACGAACGUCCGUUCAGUCACGUUUAAAUUCGGAAACAGGAAUGAGUUUUACAGAGUUUACGUAUCAAGUUUUUCAAGCGUACGAUUGGUUUCAUUUAGCAAAUAAAUAUAAGUGUCUAUUUCAAAUUGGUGGAAGCGAUCAAAUGGGUAAUAUUAUGUCCGGAUACGAUUUGAUUACAAAAGCCACAAACGAGACAGUUUAUGGUUUAACAUUGCCGCUUAUAACGGCAGAAGGUGGUAAAAAAUUUGGAAAAUCUACCGGCAACGCGGUUUGGUUAUCUCCUUCGAAGUCUUCCAGUUUCCAACUUUAUCAGUUCUUCGUUAGAACCAAAGACGACGAUGUUGAAAAUCUGUUAAAACUCUUUACCUUCCUACCCCUUUCUCAAAUAAACGACAUUGUAAAAGAGCACUUGAAACAACCAGAGGAUAGAAUAGCCCAAAAAAUUUUAGCAGAGGAAGUUACUCUUCUUGUUCACGGAGAACUUGGCUUAAAGGCAGCUAAAGAAGCUUCAAUGGUGUUAUAUAAUAAAUCGAUCGAUACUUUAGUUAAAAUGAAUGCUGAUGAGAUAGCCGAUGUGUUUGAAGGAGCAACCGUUGUUGAUAUAUUAGGGGAACAAGGCUUGACGGUAUACGAAUUAGUAACAAAAGUUAAAUGCUUCAAAAGCGAUCACGAUGCGCGUAGAAUUAUAUCAGCGGGUGGGUUUUAUAUAAAUUAUGCGAAAGUUACGAAUUUGGACGAAGUUCUAGUUCCUGGUAUUCAUGUAUUAUCGAAUAAUGUGACCCUUUUGAGGGUUGGUAAAAAAUCUUAUCACAUAGUACGAUGGAUCAACGGAACAAUAUAAUUGAUUCUUAAAUUUGUAUAGCUUCUUUUUUUUCUUUAAAUAAGGAUAUAUAUUGAAUCUUCAAUAAA